AUGGACACCGAGUUCUCCCUAAAAAGCACAACCCCGCGCGCCAGCAAGACAGAGCUCGUCAUCGGCGGCGUGAAGGCGUACAUCUACGGCCUCGAAGAAGCCAAGCAGCAAAAAUACUCCGAUGUGGCCGUGCUCUAUCACGUACAUGGACGCACACGAAACUACCUCACCAGCGAGGGGUUUGCGCACGAAGUUCUGGACCGGUAUCGAAGGGAUGGCGCACCGAAAAAGGCGGGUUUGAUUGCGGUUGCUUUUGAUGCGCGGAACCAUGGGGAAAGGAUGAUAAGUGUCCAGGCAAACGAUGGAUGGGGAGAAGGGAACGAGACGCAUGCACAAGACCUGGUCUCCAUGGUCUCUGGCUCCGCGCAAGAUGUCGAGCUUCUCAUAGACUACCUGCCCGCAUAUCUGCCCGAGUUCCAGACCUUCUACAACAUCAUGUCUGGCAUCUCACUAGGAGGACACACAUCCUGGCGUCUAGCCACCUCGUCAAUCGCGACAAAGGGCAAACUCCACGGCCUCGCUAUCAUAGUCGGCUGCCCCAAUCUCUCGGCUAUGCUUUUGUCCCGUCUGGGCGUGGACCUAGACGCGCUCGGUGUCUCUCUUGACCAGGUACGCACCGUGCCAUAUAGUGAGCUUUCUGCAAAGCUCAACAAGUCGCAACGCACGCGCUGGCCCCGCGCGCUCAGUGAGUUGUUUGCCGGGUUUGAUCGCGAGACGGACGAGCGGUUUCCGCGGCAUAUUCCGACGUAUAUUCUGAACGGUAAAUUGGAUUCGCUGGUUCCUGACAAGUUCACGCAGCCUUGGGUGGCGAAGAGGCGUGCGGAGGGGUACGAGAACAUCGACUAUUUCGUGCAGGAGAAUGCUGGCCAUUCCUGCACAGACCAGAUGGUGGAGAAUAUCGCGCAGUGGUUAGCUCGGUUAUUCUCUAGAGACUGA